GUGGUAAGAAGUAGUAGUAGUUGCAUAGCAGCGUGGAGGGAUGUCUCACUCAACCUAUGCUGCUGCUGCUGCUGCUGCAUAUAUAGCAGGCAGGGAGGGAGGCGCUGGGAGAGGGGUGAGGGCCGUAUACUUGAAUGAAUGUCUUAUCUAUUCGCAAAAUAAAAUUUCAAGUAGAUGGUCCAGGAGGAGGAGGCAUUCAUAGCACUAAAAACAACACCAACACCCAUUGAAAGGGAGGGUAGGAAAGGGAAGGGACAGACUGCUGCUAACACCUACUGAUGACGGCGACGACGAUCAUCGUUAACGGUGCUUGCUCCUCCUCCAAUCCCAAAUUGGGGCCAGGGUGGCGGUGGUUUCAUCCCUGCCACACGCACACUGCUGCCCAGGCCCAGGCCCAGCUCCAUACAAAUCCCCCACCCCCUCCCCCUCCCGCCAUUACUGCUAGCCCCCCCUCCCUGAAUUACUCUUCCACUCAGACCCGCUUCUGCCUCCUCAUUCCAUUUCCACCGGGGUGUGGGCCAAAUGUCAACCGCUGCCACCGCCUCCGCCUGUCGAUGUCGCUCACCAAUCAUAGUUCCUCCGCCACGCCCGACCAAUCAUCUCAAAUCGUCAGCAAAUUCUAUGACGCCAUCAACCGCCGUGAUUUCGCCGCCUUGGAGGAUCUCAUUGCCCUCAAUUGCGUCUACGAGGACCUUGUCUUCCCCCGACCCUUCGUCGGUCGCCAGGCUAUCUUAAUGUUCUUCAAGCAGUUUAUGGAUUCCAUCAACGCAGAUCUGCAGUUUUCUAUUGAUGACAUAUCGUCUGAGGAGGAGGAUAGCUCUGCGGUUGGAGUAACCUGGCACUUAGAAUGGAGAGGAAAGCCUUUUCCUUUCAGCAAAGGAUGCAGUUUUUAUCGGUUGGAAAUGGUGGACGGGCAGAAGCAAAUAGUGUACGGAAGAGAUUGUGUGGAACCAGCCAUCAAGCCCGGAGAGGCAGCUUUGGUGGCUAUCAGAGCCGUGACUUGGCUGCUGCAGAAAUUUCCUUCCCUGGCUGGUUGAUGAAUCUGAUCGAUGAUGACUGCUGGCUCUUGCACUCGCACUUACAUUUGCUCCAUCGAAUGUGCAAGCACACAGGGAACACACACAUUCAAAGUCCCACCCAACUUUAGCACUAUGACAUUUGUAUUGGCUACUACUGCUAAGCUAAGCUAUAUAUUAUUAUAGAUGAUGAUUGGUAUAUACACACAUUUAUGUUUGGCCUCUUUCGUCCC